AUGGCGACCAAGGCUGCCGCCACCGGAAGCAAGCGAAAGGCUGGCCCCAUGGGCAAGGCCACCUCCGACAAGUCGGCCAAGAAGGUCAAGACGGACGCCCCCAAGAAGAAGAAGGCUGCCCCCGUCGAGAGCCCCGCCGACAGCAGCGACGACUUUGACGGCAUCGACGACGACGAGUCUGACGGCGGCGCCAAACUCGAGCAAUCGCCCCCGCAGAAGAAGAAGUACGACGCCGGCGCCAAGGCCAAGGCCGACAACAUCACUGGCGUCGGAAAGCCCGUCAUCACGGAAUCUUCCAAGGAGGCCCACGCUCUCCAGAAGAAGCUGGCCCGCGAGCGCAAGGCUGCCAAGCCUCUCGGCGAUGAAGUCCAACGGACCAAGAAGAUCUGGGAGCGCCUGAGGAGAAAGUCCCACGUCCCCUCGGAGGAGAGGAAACAGCUGCUCGAGGAGCUCUUCACCAUCAUCACCGGCCGCGUCAAGGACUUUGUCCUCAAGCACGACGCCGUGCGCGCCGUGCAGACGGCCAUCAAGUACUCCAACGCCGCCCAGAGGAAGCAGAUUUGCACCGAGCUCCAGGGCACCUUCUCCCAGCUCGCCGAGAGCCGAUACGCCAAGUUCCUCAUCGCCAAGCUCGUCGUCCAGAAGGAGCCCGAGAUCAGGGACAUGAUCAUCCCCGAGUUCUACGGCAGGGUUCGCCGUCUCAUCAACCACCCCGAGGCCUCGUGGAUCCUCGACGACAUUUACCGCCAGGUCGCCAGCAAGGAGCAGAAGGCCAUCCUCCUGCGCGAGUGGUACGGCCCCGAGUUUGCCCUGCUCGAGCGCAACAAGGACGAGAAGCCGACCUCGGACCUCGCCGUCAUUCUCGACGAGUCCCCCAGCAAGAGGGGGCCCAUCAUGAAGACGCUGUGCGACAUGAUCAACUCGCUGGUGCAGAAGAAGAUGACCGGUUUCACCAUGCUCCACGACGCCAUGCUGCAGUAUUUCCUCAACAUCAAGCCUGGCAGCGACGAGCACACGGCCUUCCUCGACCUGCUCCGCGACGACGAGAGCGGCGACCUCUUCAAGAACAUGGCCUUUACCCGCUCCGGCUCGCGUCUCGCGUGCCUCCUCCUCGCCCACGGUUCCUCCAAGGACCGAAGGAACAUCCUCAAGGUCUACAAGGACAACUUUGUCCUCAUGUCCGGCGACGCCAAUGCCCACAUGGUCAUCCUCACGGCGUUUGACGUGAUUGACGACACAAAGAUGACGUCCAAGGUCAUCUUCUCUGAACUCAUCGGCGACGACGAAGAAAAGGUCGCCGAGAACAUCAUCGCGUCCAUGAACAACCAGUACGCCCGGGCAACGCUGAUGUACCCCAUCGAGGGUCAGUCCAAGGCCCUGUUCCUCUCCAACAUGAGCGACGACAAGGCCAUCCUCCAGGAGGUGCACGAGAUCCGCAAGACGACGAGUAAGAAGGACGAUGACAUUCGACGCGCAGAGUUGGCAGCCGUCCUGGCACCAUCCCUCCUCCGCACCAUUGUCGCCGCCGCCCCGACGCUGCUGGCCGACUCGUUCGGCUGCCACAUCGUCACCGAGGUCCUCCUGUCCGUCGGGGGCGACAAGACGAAGGCGCUCGAGGCCGUCGCCGCCGUCGCCGAGGGCGACCCCACCGCCGAGCCCAUGGAGCUCGACAACCACGUCGCGCAGCAGGCCCACGUGUCGCAGACGGCCUGGGGCGGCCGCGCGCUCAAGACGCUCAUCGCCGGCGGCAAGUACAACAAGCAGACGGGCAAGGUGGAGCAGGUCGAGCCCCCGCUCAAGUUUGCCGACGCGCUGUACCCCGUCAUCGAGGACCACGUCGUUCAGUGGGCCACGGGCCCCAGCUCGCUCGUGGUGCUCGCGCUUCUCGAGAGCCCCGACUUUAGCCACGGCAAGGAGCUCAAGGCGACGCUCAAGAAGAGCAAGAAGCAGCUGCAGGCUGCCGCGACGGAAGAGACGGCGGAGCAGAAGGCCAGGCGCGAGGCCGACGCGGCGGAGGAGGACAGCGACAAGGGUGACAAGAAGGCCAAAAAGGCAAAGAAGGGCGGCGCCAAGCCCGAGAGGCCAGUAGGCAACUCUGGCACCAGACUGCUGCUGGAAAACUUGUAA